GUUUAAUGGUUAUAUUUACCAAAGAGGAAUCUCUGUAUUUACAUUUUUUACAUUUCGACUAUUCAUUAUAGUCUCUGAUUCAAGAAUGUCUGAAAAUAAGGAAAACUUAUUAUCACGUCGCUUGAAUAAAGUUUUGGAAUCUAGAUUCGAAAAUGAUAAGGAAACAUUAGAUGCUCUCAAACAGUUAUCCACAUUCUACAAGGAGAAUACAAUUCAAGCUAGAAGAAAUCUUAGGAGCCAGAUAGAGAAACAAAGUCUUGAAAUCAAUGAAAACUUUUUGUCUUCCUUUCGAGAGGUUAAGGAUUCAUUUGAUUCAGUUUACAAAGACGUAAUGGAAAUCAACAAACAACUGCAAGAAAUGACAACGAGAGUUCAGAACACUAAAACACAUACCAGACAGCUAUUAGAUCAGACCAGCACUUUACAAAAGGAAGGAUUGGAUAAUGAGGUACAACAAGAAAUUGUUAGAGCAUUUUUGCAAACCUUCCAGUUAACAUCUGAAGAAAUUAUUAUUUUACAUGGUAAUAAACAGAAUAGAAAUUCACCUAUUGUGAUGGAAAUAUUCAGUGUACUUGAUAAAGUAUAUGAUAUUCAUGAGAAUUGCAAAUUAUUGAUGCAAACUGGACAUCAAACAUUGGCUCUUGAUAUAAUGGAGCAAAUGACCCUUCAUCAGGAAGGAGCUCUAGAAAGGAUGUAUAGAUGGACUCAAAAUUAUUGUAGAAAUAUUGAUCAUCCAGACUAUACAGAAUUAGUAACUUUAACCAUGGAAAGAUUGCAGGAAAGAAAAGUUUUAUUCAAAUAUAUUAUAGAAGAAUACUGCAUUGCUAGAAGAGACGUUCUUGUUGGGGAUUUUAUAAAUGCAUUGACCCGAGGAGGUCCAUCUGGAAAGCCAGCUCCUAUAGAAACCAGAUCCCAUGACCCCCAAAUCUAUGUAACAGAUAUGCUGGUUUGGUUGAACAAAUCAAUUCCCAUUGAGAAAAACAAUAUUGAUAAGCUCGUUUCUCGAUGUAAGCCAACUGAAGAAUUAGAAAAUGAUAUGAAUCAAGCUCUAAAUAGUAUUUGUGAAGGGAUAUGUCAAACUCUCAAAGUCAGAGUUGAUAAAAUUCUAAACACUUCUAAUAACGCUGCUGUUAUAUACUCUGUUACAAAUUUGAUAAGAUAUUAUAAAAAAUGCAUAUGCAAGGUCGUUUCAGGUGGAGCUUUAGAAAUAACGCUCACAGAGUUGCAGAAUUCAAGUGAGAAGACAUUUUUGUCAACCCUCAGUCAACAAAUAAGUAAUAUGUUGAUCAGAAUUGAGGCUCCCCAAAGAGAUUUGUCCCCUACCCCUGCAAUAAUCCACAUAUUGGCCAUAUUGAGGGACCUUUUAUCUACUGCUAAUAUGAGUGAAGGCAGGGAAACUGAUAUGAUGAAAAUAGCUCAAACUAUACUAGAACCAACAUUGAGAGCUGUUAACGAACAAGCAUCUAGGCUGCCACCGACAGAUAUGGCUGUUUAUUUAUUGAAUUGCAUGUAUUCAAUGUUUACCCAUUUGUCCUUGUAUGAAUUCAUGGACGACAGAUUAGAGAGGCUCCAGGCCCAAUCGGAUGCGCAAAUUGACACACUGACAUCUGAACAGGCCAGUUCGUUGGUGGCCAAUUUAUCUCUGGGCCCAAUAUAUACGAUACUGCAGGAUCAGAGUCAUGGCCCUUUGUCUAGCAUUCCUGGGAUGGAGCCGAGCAACUUGAAGAAAUUUUUGGAAAAACUGGAUUACUUGAUUUCAAAUCCGGAAUCCUCAUUACUUCCCCAGAUUAACUUACUUUUAUCAUCAAAGCAUAAGCAUACCAUACAGAAAAGGGCGUUUGAUCUUUUGAUAGCUGUAUACAAACAACUUUAUGAAGGUGUCAAUAAUCCAUCAAAUCUGUAUGAAAAUCCUAUGCUCAUUUUAAACAAAACCCCCGAAGAAUUAACUAAGUCAUUGAAUAAACAUUUUUUGUGAACAUAAGCCGAAAGUUUUCUAUAAUUUUUGAAGUGAUUAUUGAAAGGUUUUAAUAGAGAAUAAUGAAUUUAUAAUAUAUCAUGUAAAUAAAGGAAUUCUGUUGUUA